UACAGUUUCAGAUUGAAGUAUGCUCUAGUUAAUGAGAGAUAUUUUUCUUGCGAUUACACAUGAAGGUUUAGCCAUUAAAAAGAUGAUGGAGUUAAUUUACUGUGUUUUCCCCCUUACCAUCCUACCACCAGCUACUCAUACACUUCCAAACAAUAUUAGAAUAGGGGGAUUUUUCGAGGAACAGAACAGUAUUGAAGAAAUAGCAUUUAAAUAUGCUGUGGAUCAUAUUAAUAGAAACAGGGAGUUGCUACCGAGGUCCAGAGUGAUGGCUCAAAUUGAAAGAAUCCCCAAACAUGACUCUUUUUAUGCAUCAAAGCGAGUAUGUGCUGCUAUGAGUCAAGGGGUAGCUGCUCUGUUUGGACCUAGUUCAAGUUUUACUGCUCACCACGUGCAAUCAAUAUGUGAUGCUAAGGAGAUUCCACAUAUAGAGACUAGAUGGGAUUUAACAUCAGCUACUGUUAGAGAUCAGUAUUCAAUCAAUCUUUAUCCGUAUCCACUCACUCUUAGAAAGGCAUAUCUUGAUCUUCUCUCAGCUUACUCUUGGAAAUCCUUCACAAUUCUUUACGAGGACAACGAGGGACUGAUUAGACUCCAGGAUUUAUUAAAACUGACCGAUGAGAUGGGAGAAGACAAAAUUGUUGUGAGACAAUUGAGACCCGGCCCAUCCAAAGAUUACAGACCUUUACUGAAGGAGAUCAAGAAUGCUGGAACAAGAAAGAUUAUCCUCGACUGUGUUGCGGACAAUAUUCAGGAAAUACUCCGCCAGGCUCAGCAGGUUGGGAUGAUGACAGCCUACCAUAAUUAUAUAAUCACUAGCUUAGAUCUGCAUAUGGUGGAGAUGGAAGAUUUUAAAUACGGUGGAACUAACAUCACAGCCUUUAGACUAGUUAAUCCAAGCAGUGAACUAGUUCAAGGGGUUGUACGGGAAUGGAUACAAGGUGAGGUACUGUACAACCGUGCAAUACCUUUCGGAGGAAAAUCUAUCAAGGGUGCCAAUACGACGCUUCAUCCAACCGCUCUACCAACUGAGACUGCUCUGGUGUAUGACGCUGCACUUUUGUUUGCUAAAGCGCUUAAUGAGCUGGACAGAUCACAGGAUAUACAAACUGUAAACCUUGAUUGUGAGAGCGAAGAGACCUGGCAGCAUGGGAACAGUUUAAUAAACUACAUGAAGCUGGUUGAGAUGGAUGGAUUGACCGGAAAGGUUAGUUUUGAUGCAGCUGGGUUCAGAAGUAACUUUAACCUGGAGAUUGUUGAACUUAGAAAGGAAGGACUAACCAAGGUUGGUAGUUGGGAGUCUGGAACUGGAACUAACUUCUCUAGGAACUAUACUGAACAAUACUCAGAGAUUGUAGAGAGUCUUCAUAACAAAACUCUCAUAGUUUCAUGUAUUUUGAAUGACCCAUUUUUGAUGCUGAAAGAAGACAGUGGAGUACUGGUUGGAAAUGACAGAUAUGAAGGAUACAGUGUUGAUCUAAUCCAUGAAAUAGCUGGUAUCCUGGGAUUCAACUACACUAUUAAACUAGUUGAAGAUGGAUCAUAUGGAAGCUAUAACAAACACACGGGGAAGUGGAACGGCAUGAUUGGUGAAUUGUUGGAUCAGAAGGCUGAUCUCGUAGUGGCGGAUAUAACAAUAACCUAUGAGAGAGAACAAGGAGUGGAUUUUACAAUGCCCUUCAUGAACCUAGGAGUUACUAUCCUAUACAAGAAACCAAACAAGAAGGAUCCCAACCUAUUCUCCUUUAUGUCUCCGCUCUCUAUAGAUGUAUGGAUCUAUAUACUAACAGCGUAUUUGGCAGUUUCUCUCAUACUCUACACAAUUUCACGGUUGAGUCCUUAUGAACCAGUGUCUGAAAAGAAACCUCCUGCCUUAGAACGAAGUGAAUCAGGUUUACGUUUGGCGCGUCAAGACCCGUUGUACGAGGCAAUAUUUACAUGUACAGGCAAUCCUGUCCGUACAGUGGCAACACAGGCUGAGACUGAGGUGACUGAACCAACUGGAAACACGUUCACCGUCAUGAACUCAUUUUGGUUUAUUGCAGCCUCACUCCUUGGACAAGGAGUUGAUGUACUUCCCAGUGCAUUCUCAACUCGAAUGAUCGCUGGACUCUGGUGGUUUUUUACUCUGAUCAUGAUCAGUUCCUAUACAGCAAACCUAGCAGCUUUCCUUACAGUCGAGAGGAUGGAAUCACCAAUCGAAUCUGCUGAAGAUCUGGCCCGGCAACAGAGGAUUAAAUAUGGCGCAGUAGAAGGAGGCUCCACCGCGGCAUUCUUCCGGAAAUCAUUUCACCAUAAAUUCCAGGACUCCAAGAUAACAACCUAUGCUAAGAUGUGGGCCUAUAUGGAUCAGAACAGAAAUGUGUUCACCAAAUCGAACAAGGAGGGGAUAGAGCGAGUACUGCGAGAAAAUGGAGAUUACGCCUUCCUAAUGGAGUCCACAAUUGUUGAAUAUGUGGUUGAGCGAAAGUGUGAGCUAACACAGAUUGGAGGAUUACUUGACAGCAAAGGAUACGGCAUUGGUUUGCCUCCGAAUUCUCCCUAUAGAACCCCUAUAACCAGCGCAAUUUUACAACUGCAAGAGGGAGGAAAGUUGCAUUUACUAAAAGAAAAAUGGUGGAAGCGCAUGCGCGGUGGAGGGCAGUGCACGGAGAAAGUUGAGGGUGGGGCAGCUGCGCUUGGGAUUGAUAAUGUUGGCGGCAUUUUCCUCGUUCUUCUGAUUGGACUCGUCUUCUCCUGUCUCACGGCCAUUAUCGAGUUUUCCUGGAGUAGACGAAAGUCGAAAGCAAAAAACGGGAUCUCAGUUGUGAUUAGCAAUCAGGUGAAAGGCUGCUGUGUGGAGAGGCAGGAGGGAAAGGUCUGUAGGGAGUGGGUCCCAGGAGGAGGAGAUCCUCAGCAAUGGGUUUGAGAAACUAUCCCUUCCUGGUCCAGGUGUGACCCAUCUGGAUCUGGCAGCACAUGGUACUGUUUCUCUCUCUAGAUGUAAUACCAGUACAAACACAUUAUCCAG